AUGCCGACGCCAGUUGGUCAGAUCCCUGCUACAUCUGAAAGCAUCCUGAGAUCUUCUGAGGGCUCCAACGAGGUUGAACAUAGGGUAGCCGUAGCUGAUGGUUUUACUCGUGAAGAUCACGCCCACAUGCUUGCCACUAAAUGGUUAAGUGCCGGUCAAUUGAAUCAGCUCGCUAGGUCUCAAGGUCUUGUCUACAAGAAAGGCAAAUUUUCUGUCAUUGAAGAGCAGCAACUCAGCUCUGCGAUAGAGCAGUAUCGCCUCUCCAAAUCGUUAUCUGAAGAGCAAAUGUAUGAAGUCAUAUUUCCCAAAGACGAAAAAAGCAAAGACAACGCCUUCUGGUCCGAAAUAACCGCCGCUGUACCUCAAAGACCUAUCAUUGCCGUUUAUCAUCACGUUCGACGUUCUCAUCAUCCAGUCAAACAGCAGGGAAAAUGGACACCUGCAGAAGAUCUCAUGCUCAAGCAAGCGGUGGCGAACCACGGUCAGUCUUGGGAGAAAGUUGGUUUGGAUGUCGGACGGAGAGGUAUGGACUGUCGUGACCGCUAUCGAAACCAUAUACAAAAUCGGGAACUGAGAGUAAACGGGCAAUGGUCAAAAGAAGAAGAGGAGGAACUUACAAAAAUUGUCACGGAUUUAACACUAAAGCAAGGACGCGACGCCGAUAACGAUGUUUUUUGGGGCGUUGUCAGCCAGAAAAUGUGUGGGAAACGAAGUCGUCAACAGUGUCGCAUCAAAUGGACCGAUUGUUUAAAUCCAAGCACCAAAAAUGCGGGACAAAAACCUCGUUGGGGUAAUCAAGACUCAUACAUCCUCGUUCAUAAGCUUGACUCGCUACAAAUUUUUGAUGACAGUGAAAUUGAUUGGAAAACGAUUCCUGAUCCUCAGUGGAACCUAUGGAGUCCCCAUAUCCUACAACGAAGAUGGCUAACAAUGAAGAGGGGCGUUAAAGGGCACGAGUUCAUGACCCAUCAAGCAGAAAUCAUGGAGAUAUUAAAAGCCAAGAAGGUCAAUGCGCCUGUCACUGGGGGCACAAGGAAGCGCGCUGGACGCAAGGUAACAAGCGCCAAUGCGAUUGCCGAAACGGAGACUCAGAGUGACAUGCCUGUUGCGGGGCCAAGUGCUUCAUCCAAGAAGUAG